AGUCUAUUGAAGAGCAUCGAGUUGAUUAUCUGGAUUAUCUGGCCAAUCCAAGACAAGGAGGUGGCCUCAUGACAGGGGCUUUUGGUCAGAACACAGCCUCGACAGGAGGUCUCUUUGGCUCCACUGCCACCAACACUGGGGGUCUCUUUGGUCUGAAACUUGCCGAGACCAAACCACUUUUUGGAUCUACCAAUACAGGGUUUGCUGCACCUAGCAGCAGUGGCGGUCUUUUUGACAGCAGCACCACAACUCCGUCAUUCGGCCAAACGACAGAAACAUCAACUGGAAGUUUUGCAUUUGGCCAAAACACUCAGCAGGAUAAACCUGGCGGCUUCUCCUUCUUGCCGAGCAGCAACAACACCACUGGUGGUGGUUUGUUUGGACAGCAGCAACCAGUCAGUACUACAGCAACCAGCAGCACGGGCAGCAGUCUUUUCGGCACACAGAACGCUGUCGGCACUGCAUCUAGUGGUUUGUUUGGCAGUUCCACCACCAACGCCAGCAAUGCCUUUGGUGCCCAAAACAAGCCUUUUGCUUUUGCAACUCCUGCCAACACGACAGGCCUCUUCAGCACUACUGGCUCGGGAGGGCUUUUUGGUUCUGGUACUGGCAGCACUGUAGGGACGACCAUCAAGUAUCAGCCCAUCACCGCCACUGAUACCAUGACCCUCAAUAGCACCACAACCAACAUCAAGACUCGCUUUGAAGUUAUCACUUGCAUGAAGGAGUAUAAAAACAAGUCUCUUGAAGAGCUUCGAGUUGAAGAUUAUUUGACCAAUCGUAAUGGUCCAGGACAAAGAGGUGGCCUCAUGACAGGGGCUUUUGGUCAGAAAACAGCCUCUACAGGAGGUUUCUUUGGCUCCACUGCCACCAACACUGGGGGUCUCUUUGGUCAGAAACCUGCCGAGACAAAACCACUUGUUGAAUCUACCAAUACAGGGUUUGCCGCACCUAGCAGCAGUGGCGGUCUUUUUGGCAGCAGCACCACAACUCCAUCAUUCGGCCAAACGACAGGAACAUCAACUGGAAGUUUUGCAUUCGGCCAAAACACUCAGCAGAACAAACCUGGUGGUACUGGCAGCACUGUAGGGACCACCAUCAAGUAUCAGCCCAUCACCGCCACUGAUACCAUGACCCGGAAUAGCACCACAACCAACAUCCAGACUCGCAUUGAAGUUAUCACUUGCAUGAAG